AUGGAGAAAUUUAACAAAAAAACCAACACCGAUAGGAAAACACACGACGACUUUGGCAAAAGACUAACGGACUCUGAAAUGCACACCGAUGUAGGGACGGCGAGUGAAGGGUCGCGGACGGCUUCGCCCGUGACCACGGCAUCGAGAGGGAAGUUCUUCCGCGCAAGAGGGGGAACUGACUCGGACGAGAGUGGCAGUGAUACUGUCACCUCGCUACGAUCGGGGUCGGAAGAGGAAGCGCAGAGACGUCGCUUCCGGAAGAGGCGGGGGAGCGACGACCCUGUACCCGGACCUGAAAAGGGCACCUCGAAGCCCUCAAAGAGGGGGAGAGGGAGACCGCCCACCACGGGCGUAUACGUCGGUCUGCACCAGGCGCGGAAAGAGAAGCUUGCAGAGGAGCGAAGAGCUCAGCGCCUGGCAGAACAAGCAGAAGCGGACCGGCAAAUCUCUGAAGUGACCAGAGUACUACCACAGCUACGGUCACACCGGCUGUCGGUAGUCUCACAUACGGACGCGACGAUGGGUUUUGAAGUUGACGAAACGACGACGGCAACGAUCGGCAACUCGAUCGCAAAGAGCUUGGAGGUCAUAACAAAGGUGGCCACCAAAUCCAAAAAUCUAAGUGGUCCCUUUAUUAAGGCCCUCAAAAUGGCCACGAUGGAGAUCAGAGAAUCCACUGCGACGUUACUAAGUCGCACGAGAACGGAGGAAACGAGGGCUCUUGAGGCGGCCAAUGCCCGUCUCUCAAAGGAGCUCUCGGACCUACGAGAGGAGCUCGCGGCCGUAAGGCGCGAGGUCCGCAGGGCGAGCCCGGAGGCUGCCCGUGUGGCUCCUGCUGAGGAGCUCAAAGAAGUCAUGGAACGAGCGGUACGCGAGGCCGUCGCCUUGUCGAGCGCGAGGCUUGACGCGCGGUUGGAAGGCCUUGAAGCCAGGCUCCUCCCCGAGCCGCGUCUUCGGCCUCCCCUCGCUUCUGACAGAAGAAAGGAGGCCGCUCAAGGAGCGCAGUUGGCCGCAACAAGGCCUAAACCCAAAACCCCUGCCCCAGAACCCGAGGUGACAACACUAACACCUCCGGCGAACCCUGGUCGACAGGAGAAGAGGAAGAGACGGGAGAAAGUGACUGCUGCGGCGAAGGAGGCGGCAGCCACCAGGAGGGACGGUCCGCCCAAAACUCCGGGCGCAGCUGAGGGCACACCCUCGAAGGAAUGGACAAAAGUCUCAAAUAGGAAGGGACAGAAGAAGGCAGUUCCGCCGCCGAAAAAGGAGCCCAAACAGAGAAGACUGCGGGCCCCGAAAUCGGCAGCAGUGGUCAUCACUCUGCAGCCGGAGGCCACAGACCGGGGCGUCUCUUAUAAAGACGUCCUGGAAAGGGCCAAGAAGAGGAUAGACUUGGCGGCCAUGGACAUAGGGGCUGUCAAGUUUAAAGUGGCUGUCACCGGGGCGCGCAUGCUCGAGGUGUCGGGGUCGGGCUGUCAUCCGGCCACCCAGUGUGAGAAUGCACCGCACUGCGUGCUAUGCGCCGACAAAGGUCUGCCGGCGACUCACAGCGUCGGAAGCAAGGCCUGUGAGAGGCCUACACCUAAGAAGAAGACGCAAGACAAGAAGAAGGCGAAGGCAAAACCGAAUCCCGUCGCCACCACACAGGAGCCCGCCGCCACACCACCUGCAGCGGCGGCUCCAGUGGCCGAGGAGGUCGAUUGUUAUUAUAACAACGGACUGAAUCCAGUUAGAGUUGACCUCAGCGUUUGGCAUCAACGUACGGCAAGGGUCGCUGUUCAGAGCAAUGAAAAACUAUCCUGUGAGAAGCCAAAUUUAUACAUCUGUGAGGAACCACCAGACGCCAUACCUAUAUACAACAGCAAGAGUUGUAACUACAGAAACAAUUGGUACAGUGAGCAAGUCUUCCGUUGGGUGGCCGGUAGAGGAUGUCUUCUAUACACACCAAACUUCUUAUACCAAGGCGGGGCAAACCCCAUCAACUUGAAUGCCCGCUGUGUUUAUGGAAACCAGUUUGCACCAUGCUUGGAAAUUGUGGAUAAUCAAUGUUCAGCAACAUUCGACGGCUGGACGUGUUGGCCACCAACAGACAGUGGAACAGUCGCGUGGUCUGACUGCCCUGAAUUCGCUUACUCUAAUUCGGGACCUUCAUGUACACAUUACAGCAAUAAAGAAUGUCACGCAAACAGUACGUGGCAGCUUCAGACAGACUACACCACAUGUAGUGUAACUCCUCGUCUCCUAACUCGGUAUAAGUUCUACGUGGCUAUGUUAGGAGUAUCUGUCAUUACCUGUCUGCCAGCGGUUUUCAUAUUCUUCUUCUACAAGAGAUUACGUAUCACAAGAGUUGCGUUACACAGGAACCUUUUGAUAGCCAUCAUAAUUAGAAACAUUUUUGUAAUCAUCAGUAGGAGUGCGAUCUAUAUGGACGAGUUAACUGGUGUGGAUAGUACAGUGAUGUCUCGAAACGAGGUGUGGUGUCGUGUGGUCUCUAUCUUUGAACGAGCAGCUUCCAACGCUGUGUUCGUGUGUAUGUUGGUGGAGGGGAUCUAUUUACAUAGGAGGAUAGUGGCUGUGUUCAGACGGAAGAUUGACAUCAGAUAUCUCUACGGGAUUGUUGGUGUGGUCGGUACUAUCCCGGUGAUUGUGUGGUCAACGGUGAUGUUUCUAUUGAACGACCACUCGUGUUGGGUCGUGUACCGAGUGCCGCAUAUUCAAUGGGCACUUGACGGGCCGCGGGUACUAGUGCUGCUUGUCAACACGGUGCUGUUCGCUGACGUGCUGCGAGUGCUGCUCACUAAUAUACGGAACACGGAGAACGCUAACCAAUUGAGCACAACGAAGGCAACACUGUUUUUAAUACCAAUAUUUGGGACUCAAUUUCUUUUCACCGCAAUUCGUCCCAAAACCGAAAACUGCACAUUGGAACAGAUAUAUUACUUCGUGGCGUACUCUAUAGAGGGAUUGCAGGGGUUUAUAGUCGCCAUGUUGUAUUGUUAUGUUAAUAAAGAGGUGCACGCUCUCAUAAAAGCUACAUACAAGAAAACAGAGAUAGCUGUAACAUCAAAAAUAAAAGGAAAUAAAUAUCCAAGGAUGAGUGAAGUCACGAGCACGGACAGACGAUUAACUUACAGUACCGGCGUCAUAUCUAAAGAAGACUACAGUAACUCUAUGAAACCAAACUUACACGUCGCUGAAAUAAUAUCAAUACAAGCGAGUGAGAGAUUGGCUGAGAUACUAGAACCUGUGUACGAAACAAUUGACGGUUUAACUAACGAUGGUUACGACUAUCUGGAGAGAUCCGACGCUGAUAAUGAUUCGGGAUUCAUACCGAAUAGGAACUCGAAAGUCGAUGAUUAUUACGGAUUCACUCACGCAUCCAGCGUAUCAAUAACGUGUCAGGAUUGGCUGAAAAAUACACCUAACAACAGCAUACAAACACUAACCAAUGAAGAAACAAAAGAUAACAUUAUAACCAAUCAGAUUAAUGAUAAAAAUCCAUUCAAAUCCUCCGAUGAUCUUGAUUGUGAUUACGCUAAUAUGAAAUCAACUAAACUGCAAGGGACCGAUGAAUUUGACAACGAAAUAGAAUACGGUAACUGUGAGAUGCUCGACGAAAUAUUGGAAUAUAUUGAAGCUACUAAUAUAAACGUUAAAAUAAAUCCCGAACUAUCACCCGAUGAAGAGAGACCAGUAAAGAAAAUUUAG